AUGCUGAGAUUAAACCAAUUGUUUUCUUGCUCCACGGAAGAACAAUUGCACCACGGUAAUUUGCAAGAAUGCCAUUCCCACCAUCAACAACACCUCGAAAAUAGAAAAGUAGUAGAUUCUCGACUCUGUCGACUUGACAGUCGCAUGGUUUCUGUUAUUUCUUGUUUUGUAAUACUGCAAUGUUCUUUGAAGGUUGUCCAAUUGCUCAUCGAUUUUCUCCACCGUAGAGAGCAUAUUACCAACAUGCUGGAGUGGCUUGGCAUUGGGCUGGUCUGGCAAGUUGGCUCUGAAGUCAGUGUGGUCAUUUUCAGCAAAUGUGAUUUCAAAAUCAAUCACUUUUUCAGCAAACGUAGACAUGCCAUUGGCGAAACACACCUCGUAUUCUCCAGUUAUAUCGGCAAGAAUGACAAAUUCUCCCUGUCUUUUCUUCUCUCCCAGGUCGAUCACCUCUCCUCUUGGGUUUUUGAUGGUAUAGUCAAUGUCAAAAGCUCCCCCACUUUGAACGGCGAAGUAGUAACUGAUGGACGUUUUUGGUUUUUCAAUCAAAAUGUAGUAGCAUUGAGUUUCUUGAGCUCCAAGGGCAAAUGUGAGAGCCGAGGCCGAAGCUACCAGGAUAAAGGCGAAGAGCCCAACAAGAACUCUUUCAAGACCAGAGAAACCAGCAAGCAUCACAGAAGUAUUCGUCGUGGUGAUUUGAGUUUUCAGACGUGUCGUUUCGCGCAUUGGUCACGUGCAUGGGUUUUCAGUGCGUUACUAUAUACAUACAUACACCACUUAUACCAUGUUGACCAUCUUUCCGGCCUUGUCGAAACCAAUGGCCCGGUCCUUCUUUCUGUCUCUGCGUGA